AUGUUGUCCAUCCUACGACUAUUGAUACUACAAUAAUCCUUAUCAAACCUCUGCCUUGGCUGCUAAACAGAUUACUAAGAACAGCUAUAAGAACAUUAGGAUAAUGAGCUUUAUAUAUGGAGAAUCAGUUAGGAAGAUUAUUAGAGUACGGAGUUUGAGUACAAAGUUGACUCAAACUGCUAAAUGUGUUCUCAUUUAGAUAUAGCUAUUUAUGAAGAGGAAAUAGACAUUGAGUAGAAAUCUAAACUAAAUUCUUCACUUACACAGGAAGAUUAAAAAGUUCAUUUUGAAUAAUAGAAAUUAUUAACUGGUGAAUAGUUAAAACUUUAUUCUUAACAUAGAAGAUAUAAAGACUAUUACUUUUAUGAAACUAUUGAAAAAGAUGAGCAAUAAAAGAAAAAUUACAUUGAAGGAGAUAUAAAAGAAGUUCUCCAACAUUUGUAAUUCUUUAAGAAUCUUGAUUGA